AUGGAUUUUGUGAGGCUAUCAAAAGACAAACUUUGUGUUGAAUCUAUAUAUAAUAUGGUAUGUUCAGCAGAAUUUGGUGCAGUGUCUUUAUUUGUUGGAACAACUAGAGAUAACUUUGAGGGUAAAACUGUUACUAAAUUAGAAUAUGAAGCUUAUGAGCAAAUGGCUGUGAAAUCAUUACAAAAAAUAUGUCAUGAUAUUCGUGGAAAAUUUGAUGUGGGAAACAUAGCUAUAUUUCACAGGUUGGGUGAUGUUCCAAUAAAAGAAGCAAGUGUAAUUAUAGCAAUAUCUGCUGUUCACAGAGCUUCUGCUUUAAAAGCUGUGCCCUAUGCUAUUGAUUCUUUAAAGGCUGAUGUUCCUAUAUGGAAAAAAGAAAUUUAUGAAGAUGGUUAUCAGUCUGAGUGGAAGGAAAAUUCUGAAUGUAUGUGGUCAACAAAAAAUAAAUGA